AUGGAGUUCAAAUUCCAUGACGUCGACAACGUCAAACCACCACCAACCAUGUCGCAUUCUCCUUCCCCGGCCACAUAUCUCCCAGAUCCAUCACUUCAAAUGGACGGUGGUUUUUCUAGCUUCCGACCACCGUUAAUUGGGGAGGAGGCACUGCGGCGAGAACUUGAAAAGGAGGUAAUCCGCAGAGAAAUUUUGCGGCGGAGGGAGUUGGAGGAAGAAGUGAGAAGGGAACUUGCAAUGGAGAGAGAAUUGGGGAUUUCAACCCAGAGACCGUUGAAUAUUCAUGGACUAGGGCCACAGUGGUCAAAUUCAACGGUGAUAAACUCCGUUGUUGUUGCUCAAAUGGGUUUGCCUUCGUCGCAACCAUCCAUGGUUCUGCCUCCUACGGCAAUCAACCCUUCUCCAGAGAUCAGUAACAAUAACAAGGACAACGUUAUCGUGUUGGAUAGGCCAGAUCCCGACCUCUUUUAUGCAAAGCGAAAAGCAACGACACUGCUUAAUUCGGAGACUGGGCCUUCCACAUUUGAUUUGAAGAAAAAACUGAAGCAAGAUUGGAGUUGUGAAUUGUGUGGGAUUAAAGCCACAAGUGAGAGUGGCUUGAAUGCUCAUCUAAAUGGUAAGAAGCACAAGAUUAAAAAAGCUGGACAAAAUAGAAAGACUUGCAAGAGCAACACAAAAAGUGAAAAAAUUGUGCAUGAGGCCAAUGAUACAGUGGAUACAUCGAUGGUUCAAAAAAGUAUAAUUGAAUCUAAAAGUGAGGAGCAACUAGUAGAUACAAUGAUUGAUAAUGACGUAAGUGCAACAAAAUUUAAAAAUGAAGACACUGCAACUGAGGAAGCUGAAAAGAUGAAUGUGUUGACAGAGGAAAAAAAGGUUGAACGUUUGUGA